GAUGAUGACACGGGCCGAGGGGCCCUGCCCCUGCGCCUGCAGUCCUGCACCCGCACCCGCGCUGCUUCGCAAUCGUGGUCGUGGUCGUGGGCGCCGGCGGCGGCUAACAAAAGCGGCCGGGAAGUGGGCACCGACCGAAGCAUCCCGGAACACCCACAGAUUCCCGCUAGUAUUUAGAUCGGCCCAGGCCAUCGGUCGACGACGAGGAGGAGGGACGGAGGGAGGGCCGGCGAGGCGAGGCCUAAUCCGGUCGGACCGGCGAACUCCCCCCGACCUCGCCAUGGGCAGCCUCCGCGUCGCCGGCUUGGCAUGGGCCGCUGCCGCCUCGCCGGAAUGGGGAGUGCGCCGCAGCCGUCGCUGCUGCCGCGGGGUGCCGCUGGCCCGCCCCCGCGCGGCGGCGGCCUCCCUCGGGGCGGGGCAGCUCCGGGUCGGGACGGAGCACGGGUGGCUCUGGGACUGCCGCAGCGGCGGCGCGAGGGAUUACGCCAGGGAGAUGGAGGUGGCGGUGCGCAUCGUGCAGGUCGCCUGCACCUUGUGCCAGCGCGUGCAGGACUCGCUUCUCCGCCCCGGCCCCGACGCCGGCGGCGGCGGCCGCGUCCAUGCCAAGCUUGACCGCUCCCCCGUCACCGUCGCUGAUUGGGGUGUUCAAGCAACAGUAAGCUGGCUGCUUUCCAGUUCCUUUCAUGAUGAGAACAUAUCUAUCGUUGCCGAAGAAGAUGAUGAGACACUGUCUAGUAGUGAUGGUGCAACUUUGCUUGAAUCUGUUGUUGAGGCUGUCAAUGGCUGCCUGGUUGAAGCUCCUAACUAUGGGCUGAGAUCCCCUGAGAAAGAUCUCGGAGCUCAUGAUGUUAUUCAAGCCAUACGGAAAUGCAGCUCAACUGGAGGCCCUAAAGGAAGAUUUUGGGUGCUUGAUCCUGUCGACGGCACCCUUGGUUUUGUGAGAGGGGACCAAUAUGCUAUUGCUCUUGCCUUGAUUGAAGAUGGAGAAGUUAUACUUGGUGUUCUUGGGUGCCCAAAUUAUCCAAUGAAGAAGGAGUGGCUCAACUAUCAUCAAAAGUACUACAGGUUGAUGUCUAAGGUUGCUCCUCCUCCACUGGGGUCCUGGAAUAAGGGUUGUGUGAUGUAUGCCCAGAAAGGUUGUGGCCAAGCUUGGAUGCAGCCACUGGUCCAUGACUUCGGUAAGCUAAAUUGGCACCACCCAAGGGAGAUUCAAGUAUCAUCCAUCAGUGAUCCAAUCUCAGCUACGUUCUGUGAACCAGUUGAGAAAGCCAACUCAAGCCAUUCCUUCACAGCAGGACUUGCUCAAAGUGUAGGAUUAAGGAAUCAACCUCUGCGCGUGUACAGCAUGGUGAAAUAUGCUGCAAUAGCACGAGGUGAUGCUGAGAUCUUCAUGAAAUUUGCAAGAGCUGGAUACAAAGAGAAGAUAUGGGAUCAUGCUGCAGGGGUGGUUAUCAUUAAGGAGGCUGGUGGAGUGGUCACAGAUGCUGGAGGCCACCCAUUGGACUUCUCAAGGGGUGUUUACCUGGAAGGUUUGGAUAGAGGCAUAAUAGCUUGUUCUGGAGCAUUGCUUCAUCGUAGAAUUUUAGAUGCUGUUGAUGCGAGUUGGAACUCAUCAACACUAUGAUCCAGAGUCCAGACAAUAAGAUCUUUGGAGAGAAUGACCUCGUGUUGGUCAUAGCAUGCUAAGGUAACUUGGGGAAUUGGUUUAAGUAUUCAUUGUGGUGCUGUUGUGACUUGUUACUGAGGUGAAACAGUUCAGCAUCUAGGGUAGUAAUAGCUUGUCUGCUCAUAUAAACAAGAAGUUGUCUCUUGAGAUUCACAAAUUGUUGGCUUUGUUCAGCGACGCCAUAUGUAAUUUUGUAUAGGUAUCUGUUGAUGAAAAGCAUGUGCGCAUGUUUUUUUUUUUUACUAAUUGAUCUGUUUCUUUUCAACUUAUGCCUGUCAAUCGUCAGGCAUAUUGGUUAAGACAUGUGCAGCACCAUUUGCUGACAAUCAUAAUGUUAGAACCUUCAACUGAUUCAUCAAAUGAGUUAUUGUCCGCCAGUUUUCUGUCA